AAAAACAAUUUUAUUAUCAAUAGGUCCAUCUCUUAAUAAUGAUGGGUUAAAACCCCAGUUUUAAAGCAACCUGCCUCUGAAAAUGUUGUAGAACAUUAUCACUACAUCCAUACUUAUCAAAGAUGAAUAUUGAAAAUGUUGAAACUCUCUUUCCAUUCACACUUAUCUAGCAUCUUAGUAGUUGCUGUGAAAUUAUUUAUAACAGCAAGGGAAGAAAUCGCAUAGUAGAACAUAAGACCCUCUCACGUUCUGAAUUUUUUAUUCUUCAGAUGUGGUCUUCUCCAGACGCGAUGAAGCACCUAACACCAACUCCAAUUGAAAUCAAAGAAACUGAAGGAUCUCGGUUUGAGUUUGGCGUCAUUGGUGUGGAUGAAGAGUUUUCAGGGAUGAUAUUUCUGCUCAACAAGGCGGAUGGAAAGAAAAUGAAACAAAAGCAUAAAAAGCAACUUGUCUUCUCUGAGACUCCUGUAAAGGAAUGCGCUUUUACAGGAGGCUCAGAGAAAACAGGAAGAUUAAGGCUUGACUCGAUUACCCGUUUAGAUUUCUCCAAGAAAGCCAAGAACUUUAGCCCUCUCGCGCCGUUUCUGGGUGUUUUUGGGUUCAUUUUGGUCGCUUUCCUCUUCAUUGGUUGCUUAUUCAACUUUGACUACCGUGCCAUCCACUUCCGUGGGGUUUCCAUGGCUUGGACUUGUUGGGGGUUGAUCAUCACCGUCAUUGUCAGCAUCACCGCUACCAACGGUGGCUCUGAGUGUGAACGGACGGGUGGGGUUUCUUGAAGAAGGUGGCAACAGUUGCGAUGUGUAUGAUGGGAACUGGGUUUGGGAUGUUGACUAUCUGUUCUAUCAGAGUCAAGAUUGUCCCUUUGGUUGCAAAUUUUUGUUUUGGAUGAUGACUUCCGCGGAAUGAAGAUAAUUAAUUGCA